UGAUUUCUUCCCCAAUGACAAGCAAGGGGUUGACCUAAUAAAUAUCUUUGUUGAGGGCGUUGUAGGUGAAGAAAUCUGGCCUUGCGUAUCUAUUGAAUCUUCGUUGUACGCCUACUUAGUAUACUGAAAACCACAAUGGCAAAGCCCAUAGUAUUGCAGCUCGGCGACGACAUCAAGUGGAACCAUGACCAAUACGCGGCAUUCAAGUCCAAGUUUGACAUUAGGCGGUCUUACAGCAUGCCGCGAGAGGAGUUCAAACAAGCCCUGAAGGACAAGAAAUUUGGCAAUUUCGUUGCCAUGUAUCGUCCCUUUUGGAACACGGGCGGCGAGAUGGGAAACUGGGAUGAAGAACUCAUCUCAUUAUUACCAGACUCGUGCAAGAUAUAUGCCAGUGCGGGUGCUGGCUUCGAUUGGGUCGAUACGGUAGCUCUAGCAAAUAAGGGGGUCAUUUACUGCAACGCGGCGGCAGCAUGCACAGAGUCGGUGGCUGAUGCAGCUAUAUGGCUGAUAUUAUCGACAUUCAGAUUGUUCUCGUGGUCUGCGAUAGCCGCUCGGUCAGGUAGCGCUGACCAGUUCAAAGACGCCAACCAGAACCUGGCCGCCAUAACGCGCAACCCCAACGGAUUCACGCUUGGCAUUGUUGGUUAUGGCCGAAUUGGGCGCAGGAUUGCCGAAAAGGCGCACCUAGCAAUGAACAUGAAGAUUGUCUACAACGAUAUUGUCGAAAUCCCGUCAUCUGUCCCCGCUACUUACCAUAAGAGUAUGAACACUCUGUUAGCAGAAGCCGAUUGCGUCCUCGUUGCAACCCCGUUCUCGGGGGGCACGCUCAUUGACGAGCCCGCUUUGGCGAAGAUGAAGAAGGGCUCUCGGUUGGUCAAUAUUGCACGCGGAAAACUCGUGGACGAGCUCGCCCUAGUGGAUGCACUCAAGAGUGGCCAUCUUUACUCUGCUGGGUUGGACGUGCAUUUCGAUGAGCCAAACGUCAACAAGGAGCUGAUUAAAAUGAAGAAUGUGGAGGUCUUGUCGCACAAUGCUGGCGCGUCACUUGAUUCCCACAUUGGAUUUGAGAGCUUGGGCAUGGAAAACAUUGUCACGUUCCACGAGACCGGUAAAGCCGUAUCGCCUGUUAACGCCCACUUGAUUAAACAAAGUAAGCUCUAGUCAAGGGCUUUCCGAGACCAUACGACGACUAUGUGGGCACCUCAAAGGGUGACAACUGGUUGAUGUGCAAAAUGUCUGUU